CACGUAUCAAACAUUUUCGUGAUUAGGGAGGCUGUGAAUAGUAUCUCACUAGUUGCAGAGAAGUGGUCGCCGUGAAAAGAAUUUGUCGAAAAGUCCAGAUAGCACCAGUUAGUCUGUUACUGCUGAACUGAAAAAGAUAAAUUUUCAUUUCAGGUGGACUAUGAAUUAUCUGUAACAAAGGCAUUAGGGUGUUUUGUAUUAUAUUUUAUCAAACUAGAAUACUGUGAACAAUUCCAAUAUUUGGACAGUUGUUGGUUUAAAGUCAAGCUUCUACGCAGAAAACAUCUUCAGCAAUUUCAUUAUGGGAAAUAAAUCUCAAAUACUUACAGUUAUAUGCCUUCUUAUCACUGCCAUCUCUGCUUGGGAUCUACAAGGAGAGAAUGUUACCAAACUAACUGGAUCAGAAGCAACUUUGAGAUGUACAUAUCAAAAGCCUGAAGACUACGAUGCUAAAUAUUUCCAUGAAUGGAGAGAUGGUGUUACUGGGAGCACUCUAUUCUUCAACCACACAAAUGUUCAGGAUAUUAGCCGGAUGUCAAUAGCGUAUGGCGAGGGUUGGAUGACAUUAACAAUCCGUGAUAUUACCUUGUCCGAUGAAAAACCUUAUCGCUGUACAUUAUCUGGUUCUGGUAUUUCACAACGUGCAGAUGCUCUUCUCACUGUCGAGCAGAUUCCUCAGCAUGUUCAUGUGACUAAUCUUGAAGUCUCACCACGACAUGGUACUGAAGCAGCAAUUGCAAAAUGUUCCUCAUCUGGAUCGAAGCCUGCUCCAACUAUGUGGUUUACAGAUUCACUGGGACAAAAGGUCGACGUGGCCAAUGCAGAAAUUCACACGACAGAUCCAGAAACAAAACUGGUUGACUCUGCACUCACUCUUGAGAAAACUUUUUACAAAGAUGACAAUGGAGAAAUUUAUAAAUGUCAUGUGAAACAUCAUAAUAGUCCUGUCAUAACUAAGGAGACGAAUCCAGUCAAUGUUCAAUAUGAAACAACUGCCUAUUUAACAAAUGCUGGACAAAACGAAUUGCUUCAAGAAGGAUCGUCUCUUGCUGUUUCUUGUAAUGCCGAAGGAAAAUCCUUUCCCAACAGUUAGAAUGGAGCUUUACACCAGAUGAACACAUAACAUUUUCCUUGCCAGAAGGUCAAAGCCCUGCCAAGCAAUUUUGCGCUUUCAGGUGACGGACGAACCAUGAGAGUGGGAGUCUGUCACCGUCACUGAUGAUACUUCGACCAACAAUGGAACGUUCACAUGUGUAGCUUCAAACUCUAUCGGAAGUCCCGUUCAACUGUCUUUCCAUCUGGGAGUAUAUGCUGCACCUGUCACUACCGUCCCAACUACUCCAGCUCUGUCAGAAAAAUCCCCAGAGCCAGAAGCAACGGCUGAAAUGCAACCAAGAAGUGCAGGAUCAGAUGCAGCAGUAAUUGGUGGAGUUGUUGCCGUUGCAGUCUUCGUAUUGAUUGUUGCCGUUGUUCUUAUCGCAAGAUACUUCAUGUCACACAAAGGAACUUACCAUACAAAUGAAAUGAAAAAUCAUGACACAGAAGAAAAUAGAAAUGAUGAUGAACAUCCCAUGGUAGAUGAUGAAGAAGAUUAUGGAGGAAAAAGAGGACUGAAUACUUUAUGUGAUCAAAUGUUUCGUUUUUUUAUGUUUCAUCAACUAAUGCAACAACACAUCCUGUCAUAUUUGAAUUACCGUAUAUCCUCGCGUAUAAGCUGAGUUCAAAACUAAAAAAGCCAAACUAUGAGGUCGGCUGUUAUCAAAAUUUGGUUUAUAGGCGCGGCGCAUAACUCUGAUCACAUUCAAAUGAAAUGACAUUUUAUUAAUUAAUACCGCAAACUUAACUGAACGAUAUUAUCAUUAACAACGCCAGGCAAACAAUAAAAACCGCGAUAGAUUCUAAAUUAUAUUUGAGGAGCUAUUUUCCGAUUAUGCUCGGUCACUAUCGCAACUGAGGAUAAAAGCGAUUAAUUAUGACACAAGUCGCUCUUAAAUUUAUGGCCGACGUCGCCCAGGAUAUCUCGACUAUGAAAAUAUACGAUAAUAGUUGUAAAAUAUUUUCAAUCAAAAACAUCCUCGGUGAGUUAUAAGUACUUCAAGUUGGUGCUGAUUUGAAUCCCCAUGUUGGCAGUAAUUAAGUGCUGCACCGCAAUAACCUACGAUAAUAGGCAAAUAUGAUAAAAUAUAUUAAUUGCGAAUUUUCAUAAACUGGCCGUUUUGAGGGGGUCUGCUUGUAUGAGAGAUCGGCUUAUAUGCGGGGAUAUAUGGUAUUAAAAUGGAGACCAUCCUGUCUUCUUACACACUUCUGAAAUAAAAUAUUCUCCCCUGAUAAUUUAAAAAGCAUAGUUGUUGUUUUCCUUCGGGUUUGCAUCACUUAUGAUUAGUUGUAAAUAUCUGAGCAUAUGUUUAAAAUAUGUCUUGUCAUAUUAAUGAGAGUUGCUGUGAAAUUUCCAUCAUUUUUUAGAAAAAUGUCAUAAUUUGGAGUUGUCAUUUUGAAAUGGAAUUUAAAUCAAAUUCCUUAUGCAAGUUUUGUCAGCUAUGUGUGCUUCUAUUAACUGCAUGGCCAUUUUUUUUUUGAAUGCUUGCUUACGAUUGCUUUUCACUUAUGAAAUGAUGCUUUUAACACUAUCAUUGUUUGUACACACAUGUGGGUCUUUGUAAAUUUUUCUCCCCAGAUAGUCUUCCUACUAAAUCUGCUCAGCAGUUCGAAUCGAAAUCAAGUUACUAAGACAUUGUAUCAAGUGGCAUUUUGUUGACUUGAAAUUCAUAAACAAAUUUUUUAUGAUUACUUUUUGAAUUAUAAAACUAUCAUGAACGUCAUUUCUUUGCUGUUUUGUGUAGCAAAUGACAACAAUUUAAUAAUUUUUACCCUAUUCUUUUACUUAUAAUGCACAAUGCUUUGCUUUCAAUUUAUUUUUUCAAUUAUUAAAUCACUAUUCAAUUGAUUUCAUCUGUAAUGGUAUGUAGUACAUCAAUCGAUUUCAUAUAAACUUUUUCUAUUUCAUUCACAUUUCUGUAAUCUUUUGAUAAACACAAUUGAACUAUUUUAUAAAGAUAAGAUUAAGUUAAUUAUAUGUUAAUGUAUUCAAUUUAACAUGCAUGUUAAUAGGUUACCAAGAGAGAAUUAUAAUACUGCAGGAUCCCAUACAAAUCAUGCUAUUUCAAAUAGGAAUUUAUAUCUUCAAAUAUCAUUUUGGACAUUUUUAUCAAAUUUUUAAAAUCAGAUUAUUGAUUCUUGUCAUCCGAUAAAUAAGUAUUUGUGUGAUUAAGGACAGUUGAUAGAUUCAUAUUUAAACUGUAUAUACUUCUAUUAACUAUUUAUUGUUCAAAGUUAUUUUCUAAUUUUUAAACUUGUGUGUCGCGGGCCAAAUCUUUCAAGUUUCUAUAGGAUUUUUGGACUAAAAAUGUUACAAGCUCUUUAGAAUGAGCUGAAGUGGUGCUGUAAUUUAGUUUUUUGCUUUUUUUAUUUACUUUCUUAUAUUUGAGCUUUUAGUUAUAAAUAUACAAUGGAAGAUGAUUUUGUAUCUUAAGCUUUAGAUUUUGAGGUUUGAAAUAGAAUAAACCCCUGCUUGGCUGGCAAGCGCCUAAACUUGAAAAAAAAAUAAGGUCGCAAACCAUUGAAACUCCAAAUUCAAUGUUUAAAAGUUUAAGCCAUCUUUUUGAAAAACUUCUUGUUGAAUUAGUCCUAAAAAAUGCUUUCUAUAUUUUAGUGGAUAGUGCUUUUUACUUUUUAGUUGUUCCUUUUAUAGUAGAAGUGCUUUUUCUCCUUCGUCAUGAUAUCAUUUUGGUACGUCAUCAUCUGGUAUCUGGUGUGAAAUAAAAGGUUUUGCUAGAUACCUA